CACUCUUUUCUCACUUUUUCCCCUCAACCAAAAAGUAAACAAGAGAGAGACAGAAAGAGAGAGGGAGAGGAAAAGAGGAAGAAGGAGGCUUAAAAAGACAGAGGAAGAGAAAGAAGAUGAAGGAGGAGGAUGUGAAAAGACAGAGGAAGACAGAGGUCGCUAUGAUUUUAUUUAAAAAUUAAGCAAUUCAGAUUUUAUCUCAUUCUAAUUGUUAAUCAAUCAUUAAAACGGUUUUGGAUGAUUAAAUCUCAACACCUACUUCCAUCUAUCAUUGUCAGUUUAAACUAUUAUUGUCCGUUUAAAUUUUCAUUUCAAUUUUUCUUUCAUCUUUUUCUCAUCCUCUGUCGACAUUUCUUUUUGUUUCACCCUCUUUUAAUCUCCCUCUCUGAUGCUUUAUCUCUGUCUAAAUCUCUUUCUUUCUUUCUUCUCUUUAUCGAUUUAUUUUGACUUCCGUGUUCUGGUUUCUUUUUGGGGUUCAAAUCUAUUUAAAAUGUGACCCAAAGAUAUCCAUCAUUAUGGUUUCUCGUUAACAGAGUGUAUCACAGGUUAUCGUUUACUGUUUCCAGUUGAGGUGAUUCAUUUGUCUCAAGGAUUUUGCUCUUCUGUUCAGUAGUCAAAGUGGUCAAUUUGGAUCCGGAAAUUGGCCAAAUCCUUCUUCUUGCUCAUAAAAAUGGCUUCAAGCCAAUGUUUGUUUUGGCUUAACAUUGAAACAAUGGCGAAGGAAAUUCGGUCUAUUCCUGCUCGACCAAUCCUUUAAUCCUUAACGUUUAAACUCAGGGCUUGAGGGGAAAAUUCAUUGUAGGAUUUUAAGAAGUUUAACCUAUUCUCAGGUCAAAGUCAGAGUUAGGUUUGCUCAGUUUGAUGUUUUAUUUCAAAUAUUCAAAACAUGGAUUUCGUUCUCAAUAAACGUAAUAGUAAAAAUUUGAUUUAUUGUGAUAUGCUUUACUUAUUAAAAAAUAAGGUUAACUCUAGAAUGUAUUGGAAGUGCGUUCAAAGUGAUUGUAAUGUCACUAUGAUAAGUGAAAAUGAGGAUAUAAUCAAACAUCCAAUUCAACAUAACCAUUCAAACCAUUUGGAUAGAAUUGAAAAGCUCAAAUGUAGGGAGCAAAUGUUUAAAAAAAUUGAAAAAUCUCCGAAUCUGUCAUUGAAACAGAUAUUCAACUUAGUUCGAGAAAAAAGAACAUUGGAGUUAAUUAAUAAUAACAAAGAUAUAAAAAUAGCUCCUAGAUUCAUCAGUAUGAAGUCUCAAUUGUAUUCAAAACGUAAUUCUUUACUUCCACCCAUUGAUAAAAAAAAUAUAACAAUUCCAAUUGAUUAUCAACUAACUUUAGAUAAAAAACCAUUUCUAAUUUAUAAUGAUAGUAAAAUGAUGAUUUUUAGCUCUGAAAUUUUUUUGCAAUAUUUAGCUAAUUCUGAUAGAGUUUAUGUAGAUGGGACUUUUUCGUCAGCUCCGAAACAAUUCAAUCAAUUAUUUACUUUUCAUGUUCUUGUCAAUGAAAAUAUGUUUGCGGUAGUUUUCGCCCUUUUACCUGAUAAAAAAAUGACCACAUAUCUUAAGCUUAUCUCUGUUAUUACAUCAACCAUUAGGAAUAAAUUAGGUAUCAUAUUCAGACCAGAACAUUUACAUUGUGAUUUUGAGAUGGCAAUAAUGCAAUCAUUCAAAACUUUUUUUCCCAAUAUUAACAUACAUGGAUGUUAUUUCCAUUUUACUCAAUGUUUACUAAGGAAAUUACAAAAUUUAGGCUUGAAGAAACAAUAUGAAAAAAAUAAUGAAAUUAAAUUAUUGAUAAAAAGAUGUUUAGCUUUGCCUUUGAUUUCAUUGACUGAUCUGGAUGAAGUUUGGUAUUUAAUUACAAGUUUGAAUACAAUUGAAGAUGAUGAAAUUGAUGAAUUUAUAUAUUAUAUUCAAUCAACUUGGAUCUCAAAUGAUUCGCUUUUUAUUCGAGAAAUUUGGAACCAUUUUGGCAAUUUUGGUACAAGGACAACUAACCAUCUCGAAGGUUUUCAUAACAAACUUAAUAGUUGCUUCAAUCAUGGCUCACCAAAUUUAUUUACCCUUAUUGAUCAAUUGAAAAAAUUCGAGUUUGACUAUCGUAUCGAUUUAAGUCAUGUUUUAGAUGGCAAGAUAGUUCAUAAAAAAAACAAAAAAUAUAUGCGUUUGAAUGAUAAUUAUGUAAAAUAUCACACUCAGUAUGUCAAUAAUCAAGUGAAUUUGCUUGAAUAUUUGGAUCUUGUUGCUCGUUUGGUUUAAAGACUCAAUAAAUUUGUGUUUCUAGAGGAUAUUUGGUUAUCCUUUUGUCUUAAAAGCUUAAAGUAUUGGUCGAGCAGUA